UCCGCCGUCACGUAUUAUUCAGAGAAAGCAAAGAAAUACAUUUUACAAAGAACUGUCACUUACGAAAUCAAAGAUGUCCAUAUUGUGGGUACCCCUGAAGGACGUGACUUCUAUCUGCGGGUUUUCUGACUCUUGUAAUAACAACAACAACGAUGUCAUGGCCACAAAGAAUAGCCUUCCCCUCCACCGUCUAAAACAGGGUUCCACAGAGAAAGCGGAGCUGGUGGGUAAAGCACAUCGCCUCACAUUAGAAGAAGGCCCCCGUUAUCAGGUCACCACCCUUGUUGUGUCAUGGAUCUCUGUCGUCGUCACCCUCGUGCUAGGCAUUUUGGCUGUCACUUACUCGGCAUCAGACCAGAGCUCCGCAGCCUUUGCUUUUGGGCUGGAUGCUCUCCUGGACACGUUGUCGUCAGCCAUGGUGAUCUGGAGAUUCACAGGAAAUAGCGGGUCUCUGUAUUCUGCCAGGAGAGAGAGGAUAGCCUGUACAGUGAUAGGUGUGUUGUUUUUGAUAGCCUGUGUCACAAUAGCUGUCCGGUCGUCUUUGUCAAUAGCACAGGGUAUCUUUCCAGAGGAUAGUGGGUUUUUGUGGAGAAUCUCUUUUGUUAAUGGUGCAGCAUGCACGGCUUUAGCCGUCAUCAAGUUUUACCUGGGCUGGAAGCUAGAGAGCGUCAGUAUAAUAACUGAUGGUUUCAAUUCUGUGAUCAACUCCAUCCUGGGCUUCAGCACCGCCAUCAGUGUCCUCAUCUUCACAGAACAUCCAGAGGUUUGGUACCUGGAUGCAGCCUGUGGACUUGUCUGCUCCGCUAUGCUCCUUUUCUACGGAAUCUGGGUAAUUUACAGCUCAAGAAAACACAUGGGAGAGGAAGAAGUGCAGCUAAAAGUACCGUACGACAACAAUUGCAAUUAA